CACGUGCGGGCGGCGGUCACGUGAGGCGCCGCCUGACGUGCCGGGGCCGCGUCGGCAGGGCCGCGGCGAGCGGAGCGCGGAGCCGAGCCGAGCCCAUGGCGCUGCCCGGCCUCGCCCUGCUGCUGCCGCCGCUCCUCGGCCUCCUCCUGCCGCGGGGAGCCGGGGCUGGGCCCCCCCCGGUGCUCGGCGACGCCUACCGGGAGCUGUGCAGUUACACAUGGGAAGCAAUUGAUACAGACAGACAUGUACUUUAUAAAAUAAACUUCUGUGUUGGUGUUGAAGAGUGUGGGAGAACGAGUGCAGUCUGUGCAUAUGACAUCAAUAAGAAGAAUUAUACGUCAGUAGGUGAUCUAAACUUGCAAAGAGCUUCUAAAACUCUUCUGGAACUCAACACUACAGCUAAGUGCCCACAGAAAGACAGUCAGCACCAAAUUCAAAGCAACAUUAACUUCUUGUGUGGGAAAACACUGGGUACGCCUGAAUUCGUAACAGCAACAGAGUGUGUGCACUAUUUUGAGUGGAGGACCUUUGUUGCUUGCAAGAAAGACUUGUUUAAACCUGUGAAAGAGGUGCCUUGCUAUGUAUUUGAUGAAGAUUUGAAGAAACAUGACUUAAAUCCUCUCAUCAAGAUUUCAGGACACUACUUGGUGGAUGAUUCUGAUGAUGAUGAUUCCUUGUUUAUAAACAUCUGCAGGGACUUAGGAAACUCAGGUGGAGAGGCCAGUAACUGCCCUGCUGGCAGUGCGGCUUGCUUGAUACACGAAGGUCAUGCAUAUGAUGUUGGCCGUCCAAAGGAACAGCUGAAGCGUCAUGACCAAGACAGGCUGGUACUGAGUUAUGAGAGACUAUACACUGAUGAUGAAAAGCCAGACUUCUGCCUAGGCCAUAAUCCAGCAGUGACAAUCACUUUUGUUUGCCCAUCAAAGAGAGGAGAACAGAGUGCAGGUCCCAGACUCACUGCAAAAACAAAUUGCCGGUAUGAAAUUGAGUGGGUUACUGAGUAUGCCUGUCACAGGGAUUACCUGGAGAGUAAGAGCUGUAUUCUGACUAAUGAGCAACAUGAUAUCUCCAUUGACUUGAGACCACUUACUCAACUUCCAGAUUAUGUCACACCGUAUUUAGCCAAAGAUGACAAAGAUGAGUAUUACUAUUACUUGAAUGUAUGCGGGAAAACUAGUGCAGGUAACUGCAAGGACAGCACGGGAUACAUUUCAUCUUGCCAAGUAAAAUUUUUGAAUAAUCAACAAAAAGUGGCAGGAAGAUUUGAGAACCAGACCCUAAGAUAUUCUGAUGGGGAUCUCACUUUAAUUUAUCCGAAUGGGGAUGCAUGUAGUUCCGGCUUUGAGAGAAUGACAGUCAUAAACUUUGAGUGCAAUGAAACUGCAGGUAAUGAUGGUAGAGGGACUCCAGUGUUUACUGGCGAAGUGGACUGCACCUAUUUUUUCACUUGGGAUACAAAAUACGCAUGUGUUAAAGAAAGAGAAGAUCUCCUUUGCAGAGUUUCUGAUAAGAGAAAACACUAUGAUUUGUCACCUCUGAUCCGCAGUUCAGAUUCAGCCCAGAACUGGGAAGCUGUUGACAGUAGCCUUUCAGAGGCAGGAAGGAAACAUUAUUACAUCAACAUCUGCCAUAAAGUGCUGAAGAAAGGAGGAGCUUCCCUCUGCCCAGAUACUGCUGCUAUUUGCUCUGUAGAUAAACAAAACAAGAGCAGGAAUCUUGGAACAUUUGUUUCUUCGCCUAAAAAGGUUGGAGAAAAUAUUCAACUUAUCUAUUCAAAUGGAGACAGCUGUGGUGUUAACAAAAAAAUCAAAACUGUCAUCACUCUUAUAUGCAGACCAGGUGAUCUAGAAAGCGCUCCAAUCUUGAUGUCUGAAGGUGAAUGUUCAUAUGCUUUUGACUGGUAUACUGCUGCUGCAUGUGUCCUGUCUAAAACUGAAGGAGAUAACUGUCAAGUCUCUGAUGCUCAGGCAGGCUUCUCUUUUGAUUUAUCACAACUGGACAAGAAAAACGGGUACUACUUAGUUAAUACUUCACAAUAUUUGUUCUACAUAAAUAUCUGUGGCAGUGUGCCAGUCGAAUUGUGUCACACACAAUCAGCAGCAUGCCAAGUAACACAAAGUAAGAAGCAGUUUUGGAGUCUUGGUCUGCCUAAUUCCAAACUUUCAUAUUACGAUGGUCUGAUUCAGCUGACCUACAAAAAUGGUACAGCAUAUAAUGACGAGAAGAAAACACAGCGAUCUACUCUCAUAACUUUCCUGUGUGACCGUCAGGCUGGAGUAGGUCAGCCUGAAUAUCAGGUAGAAGAUAAAAAUACCUACAACUUCAGGUGGUACACAGAAUAUGCCUGUCCUGAACUGCCCUUGGAAUGUAUUGUGACUGAUCCCAACACCAUGGAUCAAUAUGACUUGUCGAGUUUAGCAAAAUCGGAGAAGAGAGGUGGAAACUGGUAUGCCAUGGAUAAUUCAAGACCAAGUGAGCGCAAAAAGUACUACAUAAAUGUCUGUCGACCACUGCUUGCUGUUCCAGGAUGUGACCGACGAGCAUCUGUGUGUCAGAUGGAAUAUCGACACGAUCAUGAUUCUUACUAUGAAGCCACCUCUAUUAGCAAUCUUGGUGUUGCCAGCAAAGAAUUAGUAGUUGAAAGACCUGGUCACAUUCUUCUAACCUAUUCAAAUGGCUCUGUGUGCAUCAAUGCUGAUGGAAAGAUGACAACUUAUACCACCACCAUCCACUUUGUCUGUUCCAGGGGCACUCUGAGUAGCAGCCCACGGUUUAUAUCUAUUCAGGAAUGUGUAAUCACGUUCUUAUGGGAAACUGAAGCUGCUUGUCCAAUUAAGGAAACAAAAGAUGAUUCUCAGACCUGCUCUGUGCGAGAUCCAAACAGUGGCUUUUUAUUCAAUCUGCAACCAUUAGCUUCAGGAAAAGGCUAUAUGGCAACAGGAAUUGGGAAAAAAUUCUUGCUAAACAUUUGUGGGCCCAUGCCAGAUUGUGGUGAAAUCAAUGGAAAACAAGCUGCUGGAUGUGAAGCAGAAAAUCUGACAUCAGUGAGGAUGGUGGAAUUGGACAAAACUCUUUAUCUGUCUGGUGAGGGAGUUCUAACUCUUACCUACAGAGGUCCUCUUCGUGUGGUAUCAGGGACAUCAGACACUUUCACUGUGACUUUCAUUUGUAAUGAUUCAUAUCCUGGAGAGCUUAAGUUUGUGCGUGAAGAGAUAAACAGCGUACUGAACAUCCAUGAUACUUUCUUUGAGUUUCACACAGCUCUGGCCUGUGCUCCUGCUCCUGUAGAUUGUCAGGUUACAGAUGCUGCUGGUAAUGAAUAUGACUUAAGUGACUUGAGCAAAGAGAGUGAACCGUGGGUUGCUAUAGAUACUUCCAAGAAUGCGAAGAAACGAACAUUUUUCUUGAAUGUUUGCAAACCUUUGCCCUCUGUGCCUGGAUGCCCUGGUGGAGCCAUAGGAUCCUGUGUGAAAUACGCUGAUACAAGCAAGAACCUUGGAGUCAUUCAGAUAAAUCCACAGGCUGCUACUGAUGGGUCACUAAGCAUUAUUUACUUGAAUGGUGAUACGUGCAGAGAUAAGCAACGUUAUUCUACACGUAUAAUCUUUCAGUGCGAUCAGACAAUGGGUUCACCAGUGUUUGAGCAAGAAAACGACUGUGAGUUUGUAUUUGUUUGGAGAACCUUGGCAGCCUGCCCUGUUCACAAAGCAGAAGGAGAGAAUUGCCAGGUGAAAGAUCCAAGGUAUGGUCAUGUUUAUAAUUUAAAGCCACUUUCCAAUAAAGACAUAAAAGUGAGUACAGAGGAGUAUGACUACUACUUCAGAGUUUGCGGAGAAAUAACAGAAAGCUGCAAACCAGGGGCUCGGGGCGUGUCAUCGUGUCAAGUAAAGAAGAUGGACAGUACUUUCAGAAAAGUAGCAGGCCUGCUUACAGAGAAACUGACUUUCAAAAAUGGUUUAAUAAUGAUUAAUUACACUAGUGGAGAAAAAUGUCAUAAAAUAUAUGAACGAUCAACUGCCAUAUUAUUCUAUUGUGACAAGACUACAUCAGAGCCUGUAUUUUUGAAGGAAACUCCAGAUUGCACCUACAUGUUUGAAUGGCAUACACAGUAUGCCUGCCCACCUGUUAAAUCCACUGAGUGUUCCUACAAGGAUGAUGAAGGAAACUUCUAUGACUUUUCAUCUCUGACACGGCAUAGAGAGAAUUGGGAGGCAAUUGCUUUAUCUGCAUCUACACAGAAAUACUAUAUUAAUGUCUGCAAGUCCCUAGUACCAUACGGUGCUGCACGUUCCUGUCCUUCUGAUGCUGCUGCCUCCAUUGUGGAGGAUGCAAAAUGUGUAAGCCUUGGAGAAGUGGCUGAUGGACCCCGGUGGGAAAAUGGCAUUUCUGUUCUGAAAUACAUUAAUGGGGAUCAGUGCCCAGAUAAAAUUCGCAAGAAAACAACAAUAUUGCGCCUCAAAUGUGACGAAAGCAGAAUAGAGUCAAAACCAGAACUUAUAAUGGCCAUUGAAGACUGUGAAUAUAGCUUCUUAUGGUUCACUGCUGCUGCGUGUCCUCUUAAAAGCAAUGUGCAAAAUGACUGCCGGGUAACAAAUCCUGCUACAGGUCACCUCUUUGAUUUGACAUCACUGAAGCGAGAGUCUGGUUAUAUAAUCAGUGAUUCACAUAACAGAAGAAUUGAGCUGAAUGUUUGUGCUGAAGCUAAAAGUUCAUGUGCUAAUGGAGCUGCUGUCUGCAUCACUGGUGGUCCAAAACCAAUUAAUGCUGGAAAAUUAAGUAAAACUUUAACUUAUGAAGAUCAAGUGUUGAAGCUUGUUUAUGAAGGUGGAGAUCCUUGCCCUGCAGACCCUCAACUGAAGCAUAAAAGCUAUUUUAGCUUUGUGUGCAAGUCUGAUGCUGGAGAUGACAGCCAGCCUGUUUUUCUGUCUUUUGAUGAGCAGACGUGCACUAGUUACUUCUCUUGGCAUACGUCCUUGGCUUGUGAGGAAGAGGUGAGGUGCUCAGUAUUGAAUGGCAGUUCUGUUAUUGACUUGUCCCCUUUGAUACAUCGCACUGGGUAUUAUGAGGCGUUUGUCGAUGAAGAUGUAACAGAAGUUUCUCCAGACUUCUACAUCAAUAUUUGUGAGCCUCUCAAUCCUAUCAAAGAUGUUAAUUGUCCACCUGGAGCAGCUGUUUGUAUGGUUCCUGUUAGUGGACCACCAAUAGAUAUUGGUCGUGUUACUGAACCUCCAAAGCUAAAAGAGGCAGUAAAUGAGGUUUACAUCACUUACACCAGCACUACUCCUUGUCAGAUAAACAACAAAUUGAACUAUACUUCUCUCAUUGUAUUUCAUUGCAGCCAAGGAACUGGUCUGGGCAAGCCAAAGAUGAUACGGAAACUUGACUGCAGUUUUGUGUUUGAGUGGGAAACUCCAGUUGUGUGCCCAGAUCAAGUGAAAACUUUGGGCUGCUCUGUGACUGAUGAACAAUUACACUAUACUUUUAACCUGACCAGCCUUUCUGGAAGAUCAUUUGAGGUACUUUCUGGAUCCCAAAGUUACCAUGUUAGUGUAUGCAGUAAGGCAGCAGAUGUAUACCAGGGAAAAUGCAAAGAUGGAGCAGUGUGUCUGACAUCUGAAAGUGGUGUGUCAUCCUUUGGAAGCCUAAAAGAAAUGAAAAUGGACUAUAGCCGCCAGGAUGAAACAGUCAUCUUGCAGUAUACAGGGGGCGAUCGGUGCCCUCCAGUGACUGAAAAGGGAGAGCUCUGUGUGUUCCCCUUCAAGUACAAAGGGAAGAGUUAUGAGAAAUGUAUUAUGGAAGAAAAGAAGAGGCCAUGGUGUGCUACAACUGCAGACUACCAGGGAGAUGGAAAGUGGGGAUAUUGUGUUAAUGCAACUGCAAGAAGGGCGUCUACCAUUAUUUUCGUAUGUGAUGAAAAUGCUGGCAGUGGGAGGCCAUACCUUAUGAGUGAGAUGCUGGGCUGUGCUGUGACGUUUGAAUGGAAGACACAGGCUGUUUGUCCUCCGAAGAAGAUGGAGUGCAAGUUUGUUGAGAAACACAAGACUUACGACUUGAGAAUGCUGUCUUCUCUGACGGGCUCAUGGAUCUUCUUCCACAAUGGAAACUCGUACUAUUUGAAUCUCUGUCAGAGGGUGCAUGAAGGACCCACAGGCUGCCCUGAAAGAGCCAGUAUUUGUAGGAAAAGCAACAAUGGAGAUGUUGAAGUUCUUGGGCUUGUUCAUACACAGAAGCUGAAUGUGACAGGUAAUAUAGUGUAUAUUAGUUAUUCCAGUGGGCAGGAAUGCAGGAAAAACAAGAAAGUAACAACAGUUAUAGAACUGAAAUGCGCAAAAACAGUUGGCGUGCCCGUGCUGCAGAGGAUUGAUGAAGAAAACUGUGUUUACUACAUCGCUUGGGACACACGUGCAGCUUGUGCUGUGAAGCCACAGGAGGUGGAGGUAGUGAAUGGAACAGUUAUUAAUCCUACAACUGGGAAAAACUUUUCUCUAGGGGAUGUUUAUUACAAGUUGUACACAGCUUCUGGUGACAUACGGACAAAUGGAGAUAAAUAUGUAUAUGAAAUUCAGCUUUCUGGUAUAACAAACUCAAGUUUCCCAGAGUGUUCUGAAGCUAACAUCUGUCAGGUUAAAACUAAUGAGCGUCGUUUUCGGAGAAUUGGAUUUGCCGAAAAAGCUAAAUAUUACGUUGAGGAUGAUGACUUGGAUGUCAUAUUUUCAUCGGACUCCAGAUGUGGUAAAGAUAAAUCAAAGUUUGUCUCCUCAACAAUUUUCUUCCACUGCAGUUCACAUGUAAAGGAAGGCAUCCCUGAAUUUCUUCACGAAACAGCAGAUUGUCAGUAUUUAUUUACCUGGUACACAUCUGCUGUGUGUCCACUAAUGUCAAACAGUGUUCCAGGAAGCCGUGAGGGCCAAUCUGAUCAGGAAGCCCAAGUACAUAAAGGUCUUUCAAGGAGAAGUCAGGCCGUUGGUGCUGUGCUGAGCGUCCUUCUGGUUGUUCUUACUGCAUGCCUGAUAAUCUUGCUGUUCUAUAAAAAAGAAAGAAGGGAGACUGUAGUGAACAAGAUAACAAACUGCUGCAGAAGAACAUCAGGCGUUUCCUACAAAUACACAAAGAUAAACAGUGAAGAAGAAGAAACUAAUGAGAAUGAAACAGAGUGGCUUAUGGAGGAAAUCGCAGCACCAAAUCAAAGAACAGCAAAAGGAGUGCAGGAGAACGGUCAUGUUACUACCAAGUCUGUUACAUCUGAAGCUUUUACAUCUCUCCGUGUGGAUGACUUGGACAGUGAGGAUGAAGUGUUAACCAUUCCAGAUGUAAAGAUUCAGACAGGAAGAGGACUAGACAAAAGCAAGCACCCACAAAAGAAGCCACCUAGCUUUGGCAGUGAUGACAAAGCUUACUUGCUGAAUGGGGGAAGGGAAAGGAAAACAAAAGCCAAGUCAGGUCAACAGCAGGCACAGAACUCUACAAAUACAGCAUCAUUUCAUGAUGAUAGUGAUGAGGACUUGUUGAAUGUUUAAUUCCUUUUGUGCCUAAUCAAAUAUAUAUAGAGAGAUUAUAUAUAAAAUGGGACAACACUUCCAACCAAAUAUGAGGACUUCAGCCUGAAAGAUUUUUCUGAAUUUUGCCUUUAACAAGAAACCAUUGAAAAGGGAAGAAGAGAAAGAUGGAAAGAUGUAUUGGUUGUUUACAAUGAUCUGUUCAGUAAUGACUGGAUGUCUAGCAUCCAGUUAGCUGAGUUAUGUUGACUCUCUCUAGCCAGGACAACUUUUUUAAGCCUCAGCAUAGACAUUAAAUGCUUGCUUAAAAAGGAACCUUUCAAAGGACAAGAUUAAAGCUGAAUUAAGUCCCUGGCUCCUGAGAUUCAAGUUAUCUGACUACUAGCAUUUUAACUCCUUGUAUUUAUUGAUCCUCACUACUCAGGUUUGCUUAUAGCAACGUGUUCUUCCUGCCGGCAGGGUAUUAUUCUAUGGGUUUGCCCUUCUAUGGGUUCAUCCAUUGUAAGACAAGGAAAAAUAUAACUUUUCUGUGUUGGGAUGAUUUGAUGUAAAUUUUAGAACUGGUCUAAUUUAUCCUGUAAAUUUGAGUAUCCGUUCUAAUUUAAACAGAUCAUUGGUUCAAAGGUAUUGACUGAAAGGUACAAUUCUGUAUAGCUUUAGCCUGGAAUGGUUGCUGUUCUUUGCAUGAUAUUUUCUAGGUACUGGUCAUAUGACUGACUUCAUCAGUAUUUGCCAGAGCAGCAGCUGACAAGCAUCCAAAGAUUUUUUUUUUUUCCUAGAUCAUGGCUGAACUAGACUGACUACACAGAACUUGAGUUUUCAAGGUCAGAGGCAGAACUGUUAGAAUACAGCUUGCACUGCCCAGUUUGUCAUCACCCAAAAAGCCCAACAACCAGAGGAGCCCUGGUCUGCAUGAUACCUCUCUGGCAUUCAUUAUAAGAAAAGAAUUGGGAUAGUCUUUUCUGAUAGUGUAAGAGCUAGAUUUUAGGCUGAGGUCCUGGCCGUGGUCAUUGAUUUGCAGUGUUGCUGGCAAUUAAUGGAAGUCAAAUUUCUUCUAGCAGUUUUGCUCUUUUCCAGGUGUUUAAUUUAUGGGCAAUGAUAGGGUUUCAAAGAAUUUUACAAAUACAUGUGUUGGUCUGAAUUUUUUUUUCUUGAAACUCUUCAUUGUUCAUUUUGGCUGGCUUAUUCAGUUUCAGCAAUGGUUUCUUUUUAUAAAAAAACUCCAUUUUGAAUCAAAAUAGUGUAAUAUGAAGUAUUCAGCAAUUUCAAUAAAAGAUAUGACGUGGGUAUUCCAAAUCCCCACAUCUCAA